UAUCAUUAGCAUCAAUAAUAUUUUUUAAUUAUUUCAUAUUUGUUGUGAUUUAUUUAAGGCAUAUAUUUUAAACAAUUGUUAAAAAAACAAUAUCAAUAUAUAAUUGGCUGCUCUGUUUAUUUUAUUUUGAGGGAUUUAAAGCAAAAUCAAAAUGCCAUUGCUCGAUGGAAAAGAAAUCGAUAUAUUUUUCACAGAAGAAGAUUUACCAUAUGAAGAAGAAAUAUUAAGGAAUCCUUUUUCAGUCAAACAUUGGCUGAGGUAUAUAGAACAUAAAAAAGCUGCACCUAAAAAUGAAGUUAAUAUGAUUUAUGAAAGAGCUCUUAAAGAACUACCUGGCUCUUUCAAAUUAUGGUACAAUUACUUAAAAUUAAGAAGAUCUCAAAUAAGAGGUCGCUGUGUAACUGAUCCUGCUUAUGAUGAUGUUAAUAAUUGUUUUGAAAGGUCUUUAGUUUUCAUGCACAAAAUGCCUAGAAUAUGGAUGGAUUACUGUACCUUUCUAACUGACCAGUGCAAAAUAACUAAUACAAGAAAAGCAUUUGACAGUGCUUUAAGGGCUUUACCUAUUACUCAACACCACAGGAUCUGGCCACUGUAUCUUAAAUUUUUAAAGAAACAUUACAUCCCUGAAACAGCAGUUAGAGUAUUUAGAAGAUACCUUAAGUUAUGUCCAGAAGAUACAGAGGAAUAUAUUGACUACUUAAUUUCUAUAGAAAAGUUAGAUGAAGCAGCUGUUAAAUUAGCUCAGCUUGUAAAUAAUGAAAAUUUUCAAUCAAAGCAUGGAAAGUCCAAUCAUCAACUCUGGAAUGAGUUAUGUGAACUAAUCUCAAAAAAUCCUGAUAAAAUUCAUUCACUGAAUGUUGACGCUAUAAUUAGAGGUGGGCUUAGACGCUAUACAGACCAAUUGGGCCACCUAUGGAAUUCCUUAGCAGACUAUUAUGUGAGAAGUGGUUUGUUUGAACGAGCAAGAGAUAUUUAUGAAGAAUCUAUACAAACUGUUACAACUGUAAGAGAUUUCACCCAAGUCUUUGAUGCCUAUGCUCAAUUUGAAGAACUUAGUUUAAGUAAGAAAAUGGAAGAAGUUGCUAAGAAAACGAAUCCUACUGAAGAUGAUGAUAUUGAUUUAGAACUAAGACUUGCAAGGUUUGAAUAUUUAAUGGAGAGACGAUUACUUCUUCUGAAUUCUGUGCUAUUGAGACAAAAUCCACAUAAUGUUGCUGAGUGGCAUAAAAGAGUAAAGCUUUAUGAAGGAAAACCCCAUGAAAUAAUUGAUACAUAUACAGAAGCUGUUCAAACAGUUGACCCCAAAUUAGCAGUAGGAAAAUUAUAUACUUUAUGGGUUGGAUUUGCAAAGUUUUAUGAAAGUAAUGAUCAAAUUGAUGAUGCAAGAUUGAUUUUUGAAAAAGCAACUCAAGUAAAUUAUGCUAAAGUUGAAGACCUGGCAUCUGUUUGGUGUGAAUGGGCAGAAAUGGAAAUCAAACAUGAAAACUAUGAAGAAGCCUUAAAAUUAAUGCAAAGAGCUACUGUUUUACCUAGUAGAAAAGUUGCUUAUCAUGAUGAUAAAGAAACAGUUCAAAUGCGUCUUUAUAAAUCUUUAAAAGUGUGGUCUAUGUAUGCUGAUUUAGAGGAAAGUUUUGGUACAUAUAAAUCCUGUAAAGCUGUUUAUGAUCACAUUAUUGAUUUAAAAAUAGCAACACCUCAAAUAAUUAUAAACUAUGGUCUUUUUUUGGAAGAACAUAACUAUUUCGAAGAAGCUUUUAGAGCAUAUGAAAAAGGAAUAGCUCUUUUUAAAUGGCCAAAUGUGUAUGAUAUUUGGAAUACAUAUUUGACUAAGUUUUUAAAAAGAUAUGGAGGAUCAAAACUUGAAAGAGCAAGAGAUCUAUUUGAACAAUGCCUUGAACACUGCCCACCAGAGUUUGCCAAAUCAAUAUUUUUAUUAUAUGCUAAGUUAGAAGAAGAACAUGGUUUGGCUAGACAUGCAAUGUCUGUAUAUGAACGAGCUGCCACUGCAGUUCUUCCGGAGCAAAUGUUUGAAAUGUUUAACAUUUAUAUUAAAAAAGCUGCUGAGAUCUAUGGUGUUCCAAAAACGCGACAAAUAUACGAAAAAGCCAUUGAAACUCUUCCUGAUGAAAGAGCAAGAGAAAUGUGUAUACGUUUUUCGGAAAUGGAAACAAAACUUGGAGAGAUAGACAGGGCUCGAGCUAUUUAUGCACAUUGUAGCCAAAUGUGUGAUCCCCGUAUUACAGCUGAAUUCUGGAACACUUGGAAAGAAUUCGAAGUCAGACAUGGAAAUGAGGAUACAAUGCGUGAAAUGCUCAGGAUAAAGAGAAGUGUACAAGCUACAUAUAAUACUCAAGUAAACAUGAUGUCAGCCCAGAUGUUAAGCUCAGCUGCGCAAGCUGCUGGUACAGUAUCUGAUCUUGCUCCAGGUAUGAAAGAUGGCAUGAGAAUGCUAGAAGCAAAGGCUGCAGAAAUGGCAGUUCAAAGCAAAGGUAAUAUACUGUUUGUUAGAGGGGAAACUCAAGGUCUUAAAGAAAAUGAUAAGGUUAUUAAUCCUGAUGAAAUUGACAUUGAUGAAGAAGAAUCUGAAAACAGUGGAGAUGAUGAUGAGGAGGUGGCUCCUGUUCAGAAAAAAGACAUACCAGCUGCUGUUUUUGGAGGUUUACUUCCAGAAAAGGAAUAAAGUUUUAAAUAAUAAAAA